AUGUGUGUUAUGAGCCCAACUCUAAUGUGUUAUUCGCAAUUGUUCAUCUCUGUUUCUCUAUCAAUAAUAACUUACGGAUGUUUUAGAAGGAAAGUUUUGGAAUCUGAGAAAGUAGAAAUGACAAAGAAGGAAAGAUUAGGAAGUAACAGCAACUCUGAGACACAAUUGGCCGAAGUAACAGCCAAAUCAGAUCGAACGGAAUGGGAAGCUCCACAAAGUGGACAAAAAACGUCAACAAAACUUGAAGUCGCCAAAGAGCCGUCACAAUUCCCCAAAUCAUUAUCGGCUGAAUCGUUUGAAGUACGUUUCAAGGAAAGCGAUAGUCCUGAUGGCAGAAAAACAGAUGGUGACCAGAAAAAGGAUACUAUCACCAGAGCGCCAGCUGACAAUGUACCUCAAAAGCCGGAGGGAGUUACCGGAGCUCCUACAGCGCCGAUGUUAAGCAAGGCACAACCAGUCGAAGAGAAGAAACCAAAGAAACACGUAUUUAUACUCGAGCCUUUAAGCGACCAACAAAGCGAAGAAAGGAAAGAUUCACAAGACGAAACUGUUCAUGAUGCGCCGUCACUCGAAAAAAUCAAUAUUUCAAAAAAAUCGGAAGAACUAGAAUCGAUACGAAGAAAUAUCAUGAAAAAACCAAAAACUUCGAAAAAUAUACCACAACAAGUAAAGACUAUCUCACAGGAUGAGACGCAAUUGUAUCAGCUACAGAAAACAAUGACAAGCCAACGUAAUGGACGUGAAGAAAAGUUAAUGCUCGACAAAACACCCUUCCCAAGUUCGUUAUUAUAG